AUGACGGACAACACAAUAAUUUCUAAUCAACUUGCUUCGAUUUUGACAAAAUAUUCAUUAGGUGAACUUGCAUCACCAAUCGAACAAUUGACCAAUGGCUGGACGAAUUUAACUUUUAAAUUUCAUACAAAACCAAGUGGAAAAGCUUACAUUCUUCGUCAGUAUCUUCCAAGUACAUUUCGAGAAGUCAAUUUAGAAAAUAUUCAAUUUGAAUUAAAUUUUAUUGCGCAUCUUUUCAGUCAACUUCAACUUCCUGUUGCAGCUGCAAUUGAUCCGCCGGGAAUAUUUACGUUUGAUAAUCGAACUUAUUGCGCAAUAUUUCCGUUCAUUCGAGGAAUCAAAUAUUUAGACACACCUCAAACACCAACACGGCAAUUAUGGCAAACUGUGGCAAUAGCUCGAUUCCUUGGUCGAAUGCAUUCAGAUCAACCAGAAAUGAAGUCAAUCACCCGACGUUCAGUUAAUUUCUUGGAUGUGAAGUAUGAAAUCGUCUUCAAUUGUGACGAAUUUCAAGAAGAAUAUCCUGAUUUAUACAAAAGAAUACGUGUGAUAACUGAUGAAUAUUUAACCAAUAUUCCAUUGACUAGUGAUAAAACUGAACAGAAUCGUUACCAGAACGAGCUCGAAAAAGAUCUACCUAUUGGUUAUAUUCAUGCUGAUCUACAUGAUGACAAUGUCAUUUUCUCUCCAACUGAAAACAAACUUGCAGCUGUUUUAGAUUUCGACGACAUGUACAUCGGUCCAUUUUUAAUUGAUUUUACAAUGGCAUUAUGCUUAUGGUGUUCAGUUGGAUCGAAAUUGCAAUCGGAUUAUGUAAAAGAGUUUCUCGGUGUCUAUGAGAAUGAGAGAAGAAUGUUAAUAACUGAGAAAGAAUGGCAAUUAAUGGGUACAUAUUGUUAUUUUACUGUACUUAAUCAAAUCUUAUUUACAAUUGAAGCUGAAAACGACGCAAAGCCAAAGGAAGAGAUGAUAAAUGAAUUGCUUUUGCCAGUUGAAUUUAUAGGAAAAGAAAUGAAACUUUUAUUUUCGUGUGAUCAUUUGAAGAAAUGA